CUUAACGGUCAAAUUAACUUAAGAGUUUGGCAGCGUUUGUAUCACUUGGACAAAGUGCUUCAAGUGAAAUGAAUGCUGCUGGUGCAAAAACAUGCAAGGUCAUACACAGUGGUGCCUUAUGAGCUGAGGAAAUACGUGUGUUUGAGUGGGGAAACAUUUCUUGUUCUAGUAUCAGGUGUUUGCCUGGAGUGUAAAGAAACACAUUACAUUUCAAGAUUUGGUCAGACACUCCCAAGCCUUCUGGGCAGGGGCACACAGUUUAAUGUCUAAUGUGCUUAUUGUUUUAAGACCAAAGAUAAUACGAGGCUCAACAACAGCUCCCUUUUGUUGUAAUCUCUGGUUAACGUUGUUGAAGCCGCGGCUGUUUACCUUCAGGGAUUGUGGCAGACGGCUGUUUGCACAUGGCGGAGGACUUUACUCGCACAAUUGCUCUGUACACAAAGUGAGGACAGAACUAGAGUAUUUCAGGCUCCACUGGGUGACCCCCCCUUCAGACUCGUGCACCUGUGGACUCCUGUCAUUCGUAGACCUCUGCAGUGAGUACAGUCACAGUCAUGGCUGAAGCAUGCGUCCACGUUUUGCAUGAAGAAAUUCAAAGGACACAACAGCUGUGGUUCGGGCUCCAGGAGAAUUAGAGCCCAGAUUUAUUUGAAAUGAUUGAGAAGAUGCAGGGCAACAGGAUGGAUGAGCAGCGAUGCAGCUUCCCCCCCCCGCUCAAGACUGAGGAGGACUACAUUCCGUACCCAAGUGUCCAUGAGGUGUUGGGCAGAAGAAGCCCCUUCCCCCUCAUCCUCCUGCCUCAGUUCGGGGGAUUUUGGAUCGAGGGGAACAACCAUGAGCUGAGUGAGCGGGUGGACACGGUGCAGACGCAGCCGCUGUCCCCAAGCACCCGCACCAAGCUGGAGUGUAACACCAUGGCCAUGCUCUACCGGAAACACUUCCUGGGAAAGGAGCACUUUGAUUACUACUCAGUGGACGGGGCCCUGGGACAUCUGGUGUUCUCCCUGAAGUACGAUGUGAUCGGGGACCAGGAACAUCUCCGGCUCAUGCUCAGGACCAAACUGAAAACCUACCACGAUGUGAUCCCCAUUUCCUGUCUGACCGAGUUUCCCAACGUGGUCCAAAUGGCCAAGCUUGUCUGUGAAGAGGUCAACGUGGAUCGCUUUUUUCCAGUUCUUUAUCCAAAAGCAUCACGACUAAUCGUCACCUUCGAUGAACAUGUGAUAAACAACAAUUUCAAAUUCGGUGUCGUGUAUCAGAAGUUCGGACAGACUUCAGAGGAAGAGCUGUUUGGCAACAGUGACGAGAGUCCGGCCUUCGUCGAGUUCCUGGAGUUUUUAGGAGAAAAAAUCGAGCUGCACAACUUUAAAGGCUUCCGUGGAGGGCUGGACGUGACUCAUGGGCAGACGGGAGCAGAAUCUGUCUACUGCAACUACCGCAACAAGGAGGUCAUGUUCCAUGUGUCCACAAAGCUGCCGUACACAGAGGGGGACACCCAGCAGUUACAGAGGAAGCGACACAUAGGGAACGAUAUCGUGGCCAUCGUGUUCCAAGAGGAGAACACUCCGUUCGUACCGGACAUGAUCGCCUCCAACUUCCUCCACGGCUACGUCGUGGUCCAAGUGGUCAACCCGUGUUCUGACAAUGUUCUCUACAAGGUGUCAGUGACAGCACGGGAUGACGUUCCUUUCUUUGGUCCGGCCCUCCCAAACCCGGCUGUCUUUAAAAAAGGCCCUGAAUUCCAUGAAUUCCUUUUUACUAAGCUCAUCAAUGCAGAAUACGCCUGUUACAAAGCUGAGAAAUUUGCCAAAUUAGAGGAGCGAACGCGGUCGGCUUUGUUGGAGACGCUGUACGAGGAGCUUCAUGUGAACAGCCAGGCCAUGAUGGGACUCGGAGGAGAGGACGACAAACUGGAAAACGGGAGUGGAGGAGGAGGGGGGUUCUUCGAGUCCUUCAAGCGGGUGAUCCGCAGCAGGAGCCACUCUAUGGACGCCAUGGGUCUUGCUCUCAAGAAGCCGCACACAUUCUCCACUAGCCUGAGCGGCAGCUUAACCCACAACCCCGCAGAGAGCCCCAAAUUCCCAGGGAUAUCGUUGCUUGUCCCAGGCAAAAGUCCCAGUAAAUAUGGACGUCGAGGCAGCGCCAUAGGGAUAGGAACAGUAGAAGAGUCGUUGAUAAUCCCGGGGAAAAGCCCGACCAGGAAGAAAUCAGGUCCGUUUAGCUCCAGGAGAAGCAGCGCCAUCGGUAUUGAAAACAUCCAAGAAGUCCAGGAGAGGAGUCGAGAAAACUCCCCAAACACCCAGAAGACCCCCGACAGUGGCCACGUCUCUCAAGACCCCAAAUCAGACAACUCAUCCGAUCAGAGCUCCCCCGAAGCUCUCACCACCGCUAAGAUCAGUUCUUGUCUCGGUGGCAGGGCCCCGUCCAUCCCCGAGGGUCACGACCUCUCCCGCUCCUCCUCCAACGCCAGUAGCUUCGCCAGUGUGGUGGAGGAGAACGAGGCCACGGAGGACUACGACACAGGCCUGGAGAGUGUGUCGUCUGCGGGGACGCCGCACAAAAGAGACUCCUUCUCCUACACCAACUGGCUGGAGGACAGCAUGAGCAGCACCAGCGGCAACAGUCGUGCGAGCUCCCCAGGGCCUGGUAAACCUGAUCGAGGGAAGGGGACAGACAUCCGAAUCAAACUGGAGCGACCGCAGGAUCAUCAGUCCUCAUCGCCCUCCCAUAAGUCACUGCCCCUCGGGGAGAUGAGACGAGUGCAGGCGUUCGCCGUGAGCAGAGAUGAGAAGGAGGAAGAUGAGGAAGAGGAGACGUAGGAGAGGACGCAGGUGGAUUCUGGCCUUUCCCUCUUCUCAGUGAGUGACAGGGCGCAGGAAUCCAGAAACCUGGAGGAGGACACUGGGAGAGCACGACGCACAAAGAGGGGCCAGCUUUUGCACAGUGUUGUUUCCUUCCACUCUUUUCUUUGCCUGUUCACACAACUGUUGCCUAGUUGUAUGUUAUUAUUUUAUUUAUAAAAGAUAUGACUUGGGUUUAGUUGGUCUUGUUAAAGCCUCAAUGUGCUGGCUAUACAGGGUAAAGACAGUGCCACUGAUCUCUGUGUUGACAUGAUGGAAAGGACUUCUUCUGCAACAGAGACUCAGUAAAGACCUCUAAUAUAUAAAUAAAAACCAAAUAUUCAGCAUCAAAGAUGAUAGUUUUAUAACAAAGAUAUCCCAUGUGAUGUAGAAUCUAUCUGAUGGACGCUGUUAAAUGUGAGUAUUUUCUAGAUGAAAUCCACAUAGAUAGUUGGAGCAAAGUAAUUAUUCUCUUUCCUCUCCUGCCCCCAAAACUCCAAGUUUAAACUUAACACCACGAGUCACAGUAAAGAAAGACAUGUAUCAUGAAUUAAACGAAAUGGCCUUAAAACUUCAACAUGCAAUGUCUGUGUCCCUCCGAUUUAUUUUUUACCUCCCGUCUCUAACUCAUGUUCUGCAGCCAUAAUGGGACGGCAGUAUUCGAUUAAGAUGAAAACAAAUAUGUCCAGAAUCAUUUUAAAGCACACUGGUUUCUUUAGAUAAAUUAUGAUGGUGCAAUGCACCAGUGCUGUGUGUAUAGUCUGCUAAUAUAUGGAUGUAUCCAUCAAUGGCUGAUUAAACUGCUUUGUCCGUCGUGUUUCCUGCUGUGGAGUCGAGUCUCUAGAUUUCGUUCUAUUUUUCUCCUCUAAUAUGUUUUUAUUUAUUGAUUUGUUUCCUAUUGAAGUGGCAUUUGUGGCGUACAUCUGUUCUUCUGUACCUCUAUGGCGACUACACGCAUCCUGACAUAUGGUUUGUUCUGUAUGUGUUGCUCUGGAGUAAAAUAUAAUGUUGUCAUCUGUAAAGUUCUGUGUAUUUCAGGGGUCAGAUCUGUUUUCAGCGCGAUACAUCUUCAAUGCAAUCCAAACGAAAUGGUGAAUAUUUAUUUGCUUGAGAGAAAAUAACUCAGAAGACAACUACUGAUUUUGUAAAUAUUUAGUUGGAGUACAUAGUGUAUAAUGUAUAGAUCAUUGAUUUCAGAUGGGAUUGUCCAACACCUCAAAAUAACUGCCAAGUUAACAAUUUAUUGUUGUUGUUGUUUUUUUCUCAUACACUUAAAUUUGAAUAUUCUUUUGAGAAGAUUUUGUAGAAUCAAAUUAUUUUAAAAGCUUUUCAGACUGUUCUGUAAAAGGGAAACAUCUCACUGUGUAUCCUGCUGAUCAUUUAAAGUUGCCUUGUCACCAACCUGUGGUGUAAGUAUAGAUAGUGAAGAGGCAGCAGGAUUUACAGUGAAAUGAAUGUUGUGGUGUUGUUUUAUUGUAAAUAAAUGCCUAAACAACUUUAA